AUGACCACCCCUUCCAAAUCCCCUCCCUCACCCUCCUCCUUCCCCAGGGGCACCUUCCCCCUCUCCGGUAAAACAGCCCUCAUAACCGGCGCCGGCCACGGCAUCGGCCGCUUCCUCGCCUUCGCCUUCGCCCGCGCCGGGUGCUACGUAGCCUGCGUAUCGCGUUCCUACCCUCUCGGCCCCGUCGGCUCCGAUCCCGACUCAGACUCCUCCAGCCACACGAUCGCCGAGCUAAUCAACGCCUCCACUUCCUCUCUCGAUUUCCCGACCACCCCCAACCGCGCACGCGACUUCAUCUGCGAUGUCACCUCCCCUUCUUCCUUCGCCCAACUCGAGCUGGAUAUAAGGAGAUGGGUCAACCAGCCGGUUGCGGUGUUGGUGAAUAAUGCUGGGGUGGCGAGGGUGGAGGGUAUUGAGUUCCAGACUCCCUUGCUGGUGGGUAGAAAAGGACCAGAAGGGAUGGAGAGCUGGAACAAAGUAAUCGCUACGAACUUGACAGGACCUGUGGCGUUGACGUACCAGUUCUUGCCGGGCAUGCUGGCUGCUGGGGAGGGGUGUAUCAUUAGUGUGGGGAGCAGAAAUGCUGUGGUGCCGGUGCCGUUUAUGGCGGCAUAUAAUGUUUCUAAAUCGGGGUUGUUGAAGUUUCAUGAGACGCUUGAGAGGGAGGUGGGCGGUAGAGGGGCCAGGAACUUUUUCGUGGUGCCUGGGAACAUUGAGACGGGCAUCUUGAAGAGGGAGGAUAGUGUGGAUGAGAAGAGUUAUCGGGAGAGUGCGAGGGUGAGGAAUAUGGUAGACCGCAUCAAGGAAGCUGGAAGAAGAGGAGAGGAUGCUGAGACCAGGGCGCAAGAGUUUGCGGAGGUCUGUGUGCGACUGGCCGCUAUGGGAAAGGAUGCAGAUAUUUUGAGCGGACGGUACGUGGACGCGGAACGGGAUGUGGAUGCGCUUUUAAAGGAUGCAAGGAAGGGAACGGAAAGCGAGAUAUGCAAGAGGAGGUUGUAUCAGUUGAAGGUCGACAGGUUAUAG